CAUUCGGCAGUAGACGACGAAACCGAAUUCAAAUUCAUCCCCCCCAGAACGCCUAACUUUGGUGGACUGUGGGAAGCCGCUGUUAAGUCAUUCAAAACGCACCUGAAGAGGACGAUAGGAUGCACCAUUCUCCGUUUUGAUGAAAUGAACACCAUCUCGAUUCAAAUUGAAGCUAUUCUCAACUCCCGUCCGUUGACACCAAUGACUAACGAUCCUGCAGAUUACGAAGCCAUCACACCUGGUCACUUUCUGAUCCACCGACCGUUAACAGCCGUGCCGGAGCCUUCCAAGGAACAUAUUCCAGAGAACCAUCUUUCGAGAUGGCAAAGAACCGAAGUCUUUUACGAGCGCAUUUGGAAGCGCUGGUCCUCCCAGUAUCUGUCGGAUUUACACAACCGCACCAAGUGGACUAGGAAACGAAACAACAUAGCCGUUGGAACCAUGGUGCUCCUCAAGGAGGACAACCUUCCCCCGUUGCAGUGGGCUCUCGGUCGUGUGACGAAAAUCUACCCCGGUCCCGAUGGCAACAUCCGAGUCAUCGACGUCAAAACCAAGGAUAGCCAGUUCCAGCGAGGAAUCCAGAAGAUUUGUGUUCUUCCCAUCAAGGACAACAUUGAUGAUCCCGUCCAGCAGGAGAACUAAAUUCACCACCACCCACUCCAGUAUACAACAUAAGUUUAGUCGUCCACCGAAUUCGACCAUUCCUGCCUUUCCAUUGUGAUGAUCCUUUCGUGUCAAGCAUCGGCCAACUUUAUCUGGCGGUCAUCGUAAGCUGACAGCAAACCACCAUCGUCGUAGCUUCACAUCGCAGUUUCAUCUUCAUCAGCGCCUGGGGCGCUCGCGGAGGCCAGGAGGCCUCCGCUCCAGGGAAGUCGAAUCGGUCCGGUGGACCACAUCCAGUCAUCUAGUCAACUAGUCAUCUAGCCAUCUAGUCAACCAGUUGUUCCGUUCUCCUGUCGUCACGUCGUCCAGUCACCACAUCGUCCGUUCAACAGCCAUCCGUACUACAAGCGAUAUGUGUUUUCGUGUCCUGUCGUUUGUACAUCGUUGGUAAAGAUCGUCCAGUCCUCAUAGUUGCAGAAGCGCAACCAGACACAGCCAGUCUGAGCAGGAUUCCAGCCCUAAU